AACGGCCACGCCGGCGCGCACUUGCUGCACUGCGGCACCGGAAAUAGAGAGCAGAGCACAGCGGCUGAGCAGGGGAUGUGGAGAUAAUCCUCUGCCACGCGUAGCCUUUAAUCGUUUUUGUCAGUGUCCUCUUUCAGGCUCGGGUCGGCAAGCUUUGGCAUCCCGUCACAUCGCAGCAGACAGCGGAGAGAGGAGAGACACUGCAGCGCGAGCAUCAUCAUGAUGGCACACGCGCUCCGAGCUCCGUGCGUGAGAUCUCUGGCAUUUUAACAAGAGGAGAGAGACAGAUGUGGGUAAUUAGUCAUGCCCACCAAAUCUGCGAAUUUCACGCUUAGUAUUUGUUUUUAUUAUUAUUUGUAUAUGCUGUGUGGAUGUGAACUUUACUUGUUUCCCCGGAUGAAAUCAAAGUAAGCCACAGCAUCUCUGUUGAUGAUACUCAUAUCCAGCCCUUUAUCAGCUGGAAUGAAAGAAGAGCAUUGUUACCAGAGGAAACAGCGCAUAAAUCUGGAACAGGAAAUGAAUCGUCUGUGCUCUGUUAAUAAUAACUUUCCAUAUGAUAACAACCUCCUGGUCCUGGACAUGGUCCUGAGCUCACUAUGGGCUUCAUCUCAGCCAAUCAACUGGGAGAAUGUUGCCAAGUUGGUCCCAGGGUUCACACCUAAAGAGUGUGCGCAAAGGUUUGAAGAGUUAAAGACUACAGGCAGUUUCCCUCAUGUUGAUGACCAGUGUAACCCACUGACCGGCGCAGUGAGCUCUCCAUCGGAACCCUUUUCCACCUACAUCAAAUCCAAUUUAUUGGACAUUACCGUAGAUACAGGGGAACCACCGUCCAAUCAGGCCACUCACUCAGUGUCAGGCCUCACUGUUAUCUCUACUGGUCGUGGAGCCUCUGCAGAGAGUGAGAUUGCAGAUCCUGCCAAGAAGAUUGAGAAAACAGAAGGGAAUAAAAUCCCCAACAUGGUAAUCCACGUUUGUGAUGAGGCAAAGAACCUGAAGCAGGACUUUGUGUGUCCGAGGAACCUUCUGGUAAAAGAGAUGCGUUACUUUGAAGAGUAUCUUUCUGUGGACCCACAGCGCUGGGACGAGGUGGACAUUUCUGUCCACUGUGACGUCCAGAUCUUCGACUGGCUCAUGAACUACGUCAAGAGUCACAACACUGAACAUUCGCAUGGAAAACACAUGGACAAACCCAAACUGGAGCACAGCAAUGUCAUCUCAAUCCUGAUCUCCUCCGAGUUCUUGAAGAUGGAAACUUUAGUUGAGGAGUGUAUCCAGUAUUGUCACAAACAUAUGAGUGCCAUCAUAGCAACGCCAGAGGACUAUGCAUUCCUGUGUACAGAUUUGGGCCAGUGUAAGUACCACCCAGAGACGGUUGUGUAUCCUGGCAUUGGGGCAGAUCAUAGAUGGCACGGCAUUGGUCUUUACCCCUGCUGCAACCAGAAAGUCCUAAGAUUCGAUCCCUCCUCUAUGCCCAAGGGCUGUAAAAUAAGAGACCACAUUGUGAGUGCAGCAGAUGGUGGUGACUGCGGUGAUCACAAUGUAAACUCAACCCAGACCAGAAUACUCAAUGACCUGCUGCUACACAGAGAGGCUGUGUGUGUGCCAGAGAGCUGUAGCUCUGAGGACCCUUCUGCAGGCAGUGAACGUGUGCCAGGAUGUGAUGUAAUGCUGGAGCCAGGGGUGCUUACAGCUCACAGACCCAAGGAAACCACAGCUUUUUCACUGUUAAAAAACUGGAGUCUUCAGCUGCGGCAGCAGUCUCUGCUGUCUGAAGAUGAGGAGUACACUACAGGGUCAGAGGUCACAGAGGAUGAGGUCGGGGAUGAAGAAGACACAUCAAAAAAACAAGCUGCAAAGAAGGCAAGAAAAUCUGGAAAACCUUUGAAAAGACAAGUGUCCUCCCCCAGUUUCCAGCGUAAGGAGAAAUCUGGAGAAAAGGCACCAUCUCGAGACUCCACCCCAUUCAUCGUCAGCAUCCAGAAGAAUAAGUGGGAUAGCAAUCGCUCCUUGAGGUACAAUCAGGAUGCACAGAGGGAGGAGGAUCUAAGGAGAAUGGAGGAGAUUAUAGCAAAUCUCACUAAAAUGCGCUUUGGUGAUCAAGAGCAGACGAAGUUUAAAGACACAAAAGAGCCUGCAGGGGGGCUCUACUCGAGGCUGGAGGCCCAAUUUAAGGCCUCCUCUCAGUCCAGCGGAAGACACAGCAGCUCAGAGAAAACUCUAAGAGCGAAGAUACGCUCGGGGCCGUCGAGACCGACUUAGAGAAAAUGUGGAGAUAAGUGGAUGAGUUUUUGAAAAGGAGGAGUAAAAGAGCUUGCUGCUGUUUGACGAGGCAGAAUAACCCAUCGCUCUCUUCGUCCAUCCUUUGCUCCACUCCUCACUCCCUCUUUCUCCCAAACUCCAUCCAGACACAGCAGGAAUAGCAUUAGAGUCUUUUCCGUUGCAGUCCCGGGAGAAGCAUGGAUUGCUGGUGUGGUCACUGAUGUCAUAACUGUAGCUAUAGAACAUAAACAAUGGACCUAAUAAAACCAUCAGUUGCACUGUAAACAAUACAAGCUUUUGGCUGCUAAUGAAUUGGUUGCACCCACUAAUCUGUGUUACACUAGCACUGUUUAUUUUGCACCUUUUGCUUUAUCUCAUCUCAUGUCUAGCUCAGGAUUCAUCCCAGCCGCAGUGUGUUGUAAUGUCCCUGCUUCAUUCUAGCCGACUCAGGUGACCAGAGAAAGCUCAUCUCCGUGGUACUGACCCUGCACUUUAAGCUGUCUUAAUGCAAUGACUCAAACCUGUAUAAUACGCAAAGAAGCCACUGGGUAAAGAGCGAUGCUGACGACUAAUAUCUGUGAGGUCCAUGAUUAUGUUGCACUGAAACUAUCACAACUGUGCCAUUUGGACCAAUGUGACAUGAGGGAGAAUACAGAAGCAGUAGAAUAAAAAUCAUUUAAAAUAAA